AUGGUUAGUGCCAAGAGGCUUGCUCAGAUGGCAAAGAAGUGGCAGAGGAUGGCAGCCAUCAGGAGGAAGAGGCUCACCCGGACCACGGCAGCAGCGGAAGGAGCAGCCAAUGACGAGUGCUGUGCGACUUCACUGUCGGUGGCCAUGAAGGGCCACUGUGUGGUGUACACCGCCGACAGUGUGCGGUUCGAGGUGCCGCUGGCGUACCUCGACACCGCGGUCUUCGGCGAGCUCCUGUCGAUGUCCCAGGAGGAAUUCGGCUUUGCACGCGACGAUGACGGGAGGAUCAUGAUGCCCUGCGAUGCCGCCGUCAUGGAGUACGCCCUGUGCUUGCUUCAGAGAGAUGCCUCCGUGGAAACCAUGAGGGCGUUCAUGAGCUCCGUCGCGAGGCCGUGCAGCAGCUUUGAUGGCAGCGCGGUGGCACCAUCUGUAGGGCUUGGCCACCAAGUAGGCGUCUGUUAG